GUUGGUGUAUAUGUGAGCCUAUGUAUGGAGGUCCAUGUACAGAAACUAUAUAUCCCACCCUUCUAGGUUUUGGAGGAAUAUAGACAAUUAUUCUCUCCAUCAGAAAUUAUAGUGCUGUAGUGGAGCAAUUCGCUAGAUACUGACCUUAUGUUUGUGCAAUCUCGUGAUUUGAAGCCUGUGGUGGUGUACCUAGGCAGCAUAUUGGAAUAUAUCUCUGUUGAUAUUGCAUCCAUCUGUAUAUUGGAAUAUAUCGCUGUUGAUAUUGCAUCCAUCCAUGGAAAAUUUUCAGUCAUAUAUUGUUCUUGGAUUCUAUUCUUGACAUUUGUACAACAUGCCUAGAUUACAUUCCCUUGCGUCCUAUUUGCUUCCAAACAAAGAAACCCCCAACAUUUUUUUUUGCAAACAGCAGUACAAGUGCUUUCCCUGAGCAUAACAAACGAUAUUCUGGUUCUACAUUUGUUUGAAUAAAAUGUGAGAGUAUGGUUUCAGAUGUGUGGAUGCAUGUCAACCUUUCUAAACUUAGUUAUUGAAUGGAUAAUAUCUAGUGUUGUCCAUUAUCUAGAGCUCAAUAAAUAAAUUCAUUUAUGAGUUUAGGAAAUUCAUUGAUAUUAUUAGAGGUAUGUAUAGCUGACUUGUCUUUUACUCCAAGGCUUGUAGACUCUUGUACAUCAAGCCGAAAGGUCACCCUCCCGAAUAGGGUGUGCGGUGUUUCCCCAAUCUCUACCUCUCUACGGAUAUGCAUUAUAAACAUAUAAUAUCGGCUAACCUAUCCUGAACUCAAACUGGGGUGACAUCAAAUGGUAGAUAACAGAACUUGGACGAGUCUAUUAAAUUUGGUGGCACUGCCAUCCCAAGGUCAGCAAACCUUUCUGUUUUCUUUUUAUUUUCUGAACAGCUAGACCUCAAUUUUUUUAUUAUUGAUUGAGUUGUUUAGGUCUUAAUUAAUUGUCUUGGUGUCCUUCAGAAAGAAAAAAGGAAUUUGGUUUUGUUUUUUUAGCCUCUGAUUUCGUUCCUGAAACAAAUGGAGUAGGUCCAUGCAUCUGCCUGUUAGUUGCAUGAGAGCUCAUGAUUUCCAGCCACACAAUCCAUGGGCUCCUUAGCCUGAGUGGUGGCCAAUCAACAUACAUAAUUCUAGGGCCCUCAGAACAGUAUUACACAACAGUAACCCUGCAAAAGAUUUGGUAUCUAGAGCUGAGCCCCAUUGUACCCAGCUAGCGUUGGAUGUGGUCAAAGGCAACAGGAGCCAUAGAGGGGGGGGGGUAUAGGCUCUCCUUAAAAGAUUGUCCAGAUGGAUCAGAGCAAUGGGCUGAGAGAAAUGGUUGGUUCUGCUUUGUGCUUUCCUCUGUGUUGCCCAGGUCCAUAAAUCUGAGAACGAUCUUUUGCUCCAUUGCCUAUAUGCUUGAUAAAUGGAUAUUAAUAUUGUUGAAUACAUGUUUGAAGUUUUUUUCUCCCGUUGAGAGACAGAGAGCUGAUCACGUGGACCUCCAUUGAGGAGUCUUCCGAAACAGAAAAGAGAGUGCAGUGACCAGUGUGGCCUGUAUUUGUCUUCAAUUUUCUUUGGCAGGGGAGCCUCGGGCUUGUCCUCUUCUCUACUCCCUCAUUUAUAUUUGUGCCAAUUGGUUUCAGCUGUUUGCCUACUCUUCAAAGGCUCAAAGCUCAGAGAGAGAGAGAGAGAGAGAGAGAUCCACUGCCUCAGGCAUUCUUUGUCACAGAGGUCGAGGGGAGAGAGACAGAGGGCUGAGGAUCACAUGGUGCUCCUUUUUUUGGGUAUGUGACAGCUUCUGCUUUUAGUCUUUUAGUGCUUCCCUUUUAUCUCCUCUUCAUGAAACCCCUUUCAAAACCUCAAAUCACCACCUCAUCGGCUGAUCAGUGAUUGCGUUCCUUCUCUUGCUCCUUUAAGAACCCUCUUCCCUGCCCUCAUUUUUCUUCAUCCCUCACCUUUUCCCAAAAGGCAAGAACAAAGCAAUAUGAUGCUCUGAUCGCUUCGCCAUCGUAAUCCUACACAUUCUGGUGACGCACCAAGAUAAUACACAACCCCUCUACUUUUACUACCCUCCAUAUUACAAGAGGCAGCUCCAGGAAUUUCUCACGCCAUGGAGGUUUCCAUGCUCUGCACAAGAGUUAGCCUGCUCAUCCUCAUCCUCUCCCUCUGCUCUCCAUACAAGUUCAUACAGAGUCCCAUGGACUUCGGCCCCUUGAACCUGCUCCCCACCACCACUACUGCGUCCAGCGAUUUUGGUAGGAUACUUUUCCACGCUCCAGCCGCAGUGCUGAAGCCCCAGUCCUCAAGUGACAUCUCCCUGCUUCUCAGCUUCCUAUCUGGCUCGUCUCUGAGCAAGGUCACGGUGGCGGCCAGGGGAGCAGGUCACUCCAUUCAUGGCCAGGCCCAGGCUCUAGAUGGCAUUGUGGUGGAGAUGUGCUCUUUGCCUGCCGAGAUAGAAUUCUACAAAGGAGGAGAAAUAUCGUAUGCUGAUGUGAGUGGUGGGGUUAUGUGGAUAGACCUCCUGGAGCAGAGCUUGAAGCUUGGGCUAGCUCCAAGGUCAUGGACUGACUACCUCUAUCUCACCAUUGGCGGAACGCUGUCCAAUGCUGGCAUCAGUGGGCAGACAUUUAAGCACGGGCCUCAGAUUAGUAAUGUUCUACAGCUGGAGGUAGUCACAGGACGAGGGGAGAUUGUGACAUGCUCACCCAGCAAGGAUGCGGAUUUGUUCAAUGCGGUUCUGGGAGGUCUUGGCCAGUUUGGCAUCAUAACUAGGGCCAGGAUCCUGCUGCAGGAAGCUCCACAGAAAGUGAAGUGGGUGAGAGCCUUUUAUGAUGAUUUCAGCACCUUCACCAAGGACCAGGAGUUGCUGGUAUCCAUGCCGGAUUUGGUGGACUAUGUGGAAGGUUUCAUAGUCUUGAAUGAACAAUCCCUUCACAGCUCCUCCAUCGCCUUCCCUGCAAAUGUGGACUUCAACCCAGAUUUUGGCACCAAGAACAGCCCUAACAUUUACUACUGCAUAGAGUUUGCAGUCCAUGAUUACCAGCACAAGAACACUGAAGUGGAACAGGUUGUGGAAGUUAUCUCAAGGCAGAUGAGCCACAUGGUGUCCCAGUUGUACAGUGUGGAGGUGUCCUACUUCGAUUUUCUCAAUCGGGUCAGGAUGGAAGAGAUGAGCCUCAGGAGCAUCGGGCUGUGGGAGGUACACCACCCAUGGCUCAACAUGUUUGUGCCAAAGGCGGGGAUCAAUGACUUCAGGGACCUGCUCAUGGACAACGUUUCACCAGAUAGCUUUGAGGGCCUGAUCCUCAUCUACCCACUCCUCAGAGACAAGUGGGACACCAACACAUCGGUCGUGCUACCAGAUUCCGGAUCCACGGACCGGGUGAUGUACGUGGUGGGCAUCCUCAGGUCCGCAAACCCUGAAGGUGGCUGCUCCCACCACUGCCUCCAAGAGCUCCUCCGCCGCCACAGCCGCAUCGCCGACACGGCCGGAGUGCACCUCGGUGCCAAACAGUACUUGGCUCACCACCCGACUCCGUCAGGCUGGCACCAGCACUUUGGCUGGCGGUGGGAGCGGUUCGCGGAGCGCAAGACCUGGUUCGACCCGCUACGCAUCCUGGGGCCGGGCCAAGGCAUAUUUCCCAGGAGAGGCGACAAUGCUGCGUAUGGGCGCUAAGUUUAGCCGGCAGAAAGUGAAUAAGGGGAUAGGCAGCUGACUAGGAUGCGAUCUUGUUCUUUCUUUUUCUGGAUCUUCUCUUGAGUUUCCUCGGCAAUUUUGAGGCACCGAUUGGGUUAUUCCGUGGGAGUGGGGGCACUUUGAGUUUGAGAGGACCCGGUGGUGAAUGUCACGACUCACGGGGAAUUUUGGAACUUUGUACAGGCUGAGGAAGCACAAGCUCUAGGGAUAGAGAUAGCGAUUCUAUUCGAUCUGUAUUCCUUGUUCGAUGUGGCCAUUAGUAGGGUUACUGUUGUUCAUGCACCUGUUCUCACUUUGUUCCUAGGCUCGGAAAUUCUUUGCAUUUGGUCCCUGGGACGGCGCUUUGUAUGAGCGUUGUUCCUUGGGAGAAGUGGUGACAACAUGAUUUGUGGCUAA